UAGAAAAACAAAACAAAACAAAACAAUAAUCCGACAAAAUUCUCUGUCACCUUCUUCGGUUCACAAAUCUCUUUCCAUUUCAUUUCAUAUCUCUCUAUCGUCGCUUCUGGUUUCUCUCUCCUCUAGGGUUUCAUCAUCAUCAUCAUCGGAGGAGAAGGACCAAUCUCCAAGCUUCGAAUUCGUUUCGAUAUUCGUCAAUUCGAAGCUUAAAUUUUGGUUCUUCUCCGUUUAAUUUGGGUCUCUCUUCAAUGUAAAAAGCUUUUAUCUGCUUUUUGAAAAAAGAGGAGAACAAUGACGCAGAAAAUUCAGCAGCUCAAGAACUCAAAAGAGUUGGAGUUUUUCACUGAGUAUGGGGAAGCUAACAGAUACAAGAUUAUUGAGAUUAUUGGAAAGGGUAGCUAUGGAGUUGUUUGUGCAGCAAUUGACACACACACUGGCGAAAAGGUUGCAAUUAAGAAGAUUCAGGAUGCCUUUGAACAUAUUUCUGAUGCCGUUAGAAUCCUCCGUGAAGUUAAGUUGCUGAGGCUUUUAAGACACCCUGAUAUUGUUGAUAUUAAGAGGAUCAUGUUGCCGCCGUCAAAGAGAGAGUUUAAAGAUAUUUAUGUGGUCUUUGAGCUUAUGGAGUCUGAUCUCCAUCAAGUCAUUAAAGCCAAUGAUGACUUGACCCGCGAACACCAUCAGUUUUUUCUUUAUCAGAUGCUACGUGCGUUGAAGUAUAUGCAUUCAGCUAAUGUGUACCACAGAGAUCUUAAACCCAAGAAUAUAUUGGCAAAUGCAAAUUGUAAACUCAAAGUUUGCGAUUUUGGACUUGCAAGAGUUGCAUUUAAUGAUGCCCCAACAUCAAUAUUUUGGACGGAUUAUGUUGCUACAAGAUGGUAUAGAGCCCCAGAGCUUUGUGGAUCAUUCGCUUCUAAGUACACACCAGCAAUUGAUUUAUGGAGCAUUGGAUGCAUUUUUGCUGAGGUGCUAUUGGGAAAGCCACUGUUUCCUGGUAAAAGUGUCGUGCAUCAGUUAGAUUUGAUUACCGACCUUCUUGGGACACCAUCUUUUGAAACUAUUGCAGGAGUUAGAAAUGAUAAUGCAAGGAAGUACUUGAUGGGAAUGCGGAAGAAACCUCCUGUGCCAUUUGAACAGAAAUUUCCAGAUGCUGAUCCAUCGGCACUUCGCCUUUUGCAAAGGCUUCUAGCAUUUGAUCCAAAGAAUCGGCCAACUGCAGAAGAGGCACUGGCUGAUCCUUACUUCAAGGGCUUGGCAAAAGUUGAGAGAGAACCUUCAUGCAAGCCAAUCUCAAAAUUGGAAUUUGAGUUUGAGAGGAGACGGUUAACAAAGGAUGAUGUUAGAGAAUUAGUAUAUCGGGAAAUACUAGAAUAUCAUCCUCAACUACUCAAAGAUUACAUGAAUGGAACUGAAGGCGCCAAUUUCCUCUAUCCUAGUGCAAUUGAUCAAUUGAGGAAGCAAUUUGUUUAUCUUGAGGAAAAUGAUGGAAAAAGUGGGCCAGUGCUUGCUCCUGAAAGAAAGCAUGUCUCCCUUCCAAGGUCCACUGUUCACUCUAGUGCAGUUCUUCCAAGUAACCAGUCAACUUUUGCUUUGUGUGAGAACAAGAAAAUGGUAGAAGAUACAUCUAAGGGUUUGAGAGCAGCCGCAGAAAAUUCUGGAAAUCAAAUAAGGGGUGUACAGCCUCCUCCACGGGUGCCAGGUAUACGAGUUGAAACUAUAAUAUGUUUUUAAUCAUACGAGCUUAUAAGACAUCAGCUAUAAGCUCAAAAAAAGUGUCUUGCCAAACAAACCCUUAGAAAGGUCCUGACAUUCCUUUUACCUUCCAAAAACAAGUGGAUGGUAAGAUGUUCUUAAUCUGAUCUGAAGAGGAUGAAGCUAAUUACUAAGAAACACCACAAAGCAAAUUCUAGAUCUUCUAAGAAACCCCACAAUGUAAAAUAAUUUGAUUGAGCUAUGAAACGUGUAGCAUAUUAGGAGAAAGAGCCAUCCCAAUAUUACAUUUUGCAGCAUAUCAACAAGAAGCCUUAUCCCACUAAUUGAGUUUGUUUUGAAGAAAACUACCUGCCUCACUAUGCAUUUUUCUGACAUGUGUAUAUGCAUGUUGUAGCCUUGGAGGAUGGAGGAUAACUUCCUUUUACUAUUAUUAUCCAUAGAUAUGAUGUAGUGGUAAUUUAUCUUGGAUUGAUUGAUAUUCCAGUAUAUUCAUGAUUUGUUAUUAAUCCUCACUUAACAUCAAACGUUUGUUCAUCAACAUAUAAGUUACUAACUUAGAAUCUGGAACGGUAAACCAGAUUGCGCAGUGAAUAAUAGUACUUCUAUUAAUAAUUCUGAAUUCCAAGAGAACUACUGUUUCAACUGAGAUAAGUUACAAGUAGAGAGGAAGUUGUAACUUCUGAAUUAUUCAGUUUAGAGUUAGACUAAUCAAUUAAUGUAGUGGUUCUGCAACAUGAAGUUCAAUAUGA